AGCCAAGAUAACUGGAGUUAAAUUGUAAACCAACCUGAGAAGAUCAGACUCGCGCGACUAUAGGCAGAUCUGUUCUUGCGAAAACGUGACGUCACCACAGCAAUGAAAAUCAAAUGACGUCGUCUUCAUUCAUAAACAGUGCCCGGACAAUCAAAGUGACGUCACUUUAAACAACCAUUGAUAUAUCGUGGUGAUAACCCACGACAAUGGGUCCUUAAAAACGAAACGUUAUUGAAGUUGCAGCCCAUCUGAUUAGUCCGUCGCAGAAAUCUGCAUGACAAAUUGCUAGAAAAUACAAAGGAAAGCGAAUGACAGCAGUCAAAGAAGCUCAUGUUCGGAGAGCUUUAGAAAGCAAUAAUGGGAACAAACGCAUUGUGACAUCAGCGGCUCUUGACAAGGCUCUAAUUGACAUUGGCGUCAAUGAGGAAACGAUUCAAUUGAGAAGGACAACGUGGCUUUAUAUUGAAGCUUUAAACACCAUCAAUCAACAAGGAGCGGGCGCAGAUAUUGAUGUAUAUUGUUUUGGAAGCCAAACCGAAGGUUCUACAACAGAAGGAAUGCACUCAGACAUUGAUUAUCUAUUUUGUCAUAGAUACUUGCCGGUGAUUCAGAACACCGUGGACAGGCAGUUUGAGCAAUUGCAGCUAUUUGUUGUUAAGGACCUGUCAAUCCCGCCUCAGCUUUGCUGUCUUCAAUUGCUCUUGCCGUAUCGUCAUAUUGAUGCUGAAAGGCAGGUAUUACUUAAAACCAUUGUGAUGAAAAAGUUUAUCUUAAGGACCUGCAAAAUAUGGGGGGUUGACUUUAUCCAAAUCGGUCCUUCGUUUAAAAUCGCUUGGCUCAUCGACGUAGAUAUAGUCAACGCAUUUCACUGUGCAAAACUGCCGGAAGAUUGUCAAUAUAUUUUCAGAAGGCCAAAACCCGGGCAUUGGCAAACUCAGGCAUUGUUGACAAAGCUUAAGAAUAGCGGGGUAUUCCUUGUUACGGCUGCGCAGGUUGAGAACACAGCAAACUGGGACCCUCGCCAACACCUAGGUACAGUAACAGUACGAACGUUCGAUAACUCACAUGAGCUUUAUUGGAGGAUAUCUACCAAUUUGAUGGAGCGGCUUUUGAUGUUCGACCUCUCAAUGACGCAAAUGAAAGUAUACGUCAUCAUGAAAAUAAUCAGAAAAGAGUUUUGCAAGCCGCUCGUAGGCAAACGUUUAAGCACGUUUCACUUAAAAACGACGAUGAUGUAUAGCGUGGAAAUGUCACCUCCACAUAUCUGGAAAGAUGGCAAUCUUAUCCAGUGUUUAAAAUUUUGUUUGACAACGUUAAGGCGUUGGUUAAAGGUGCGAUAUUGCCCCCACUACACGACGGUUAAAGUGAAUUUGUUUGACGGUAAACUUCGAUUGAACGAGUUUCCGGUUUUGAUAGAAUUGUUCACGAAUAUGAUCCGUGACGAUUUGUCUUGUUUGCACAAUGUUUAAAUGGACGACCUUAGUAACCGUAUAUCAUCGAAUUUCACAGAUUGUACUAAUGAGCUUCCUUUCGAAGAACUUAAUAUCGUUGCUGCAAACAAGAUGUUUGAUUGUAUCAUCACGUACUCAUGCGGAUCAUUUUACAAAACGGGAAUGCUUGCAGCAGUAGACACAUCAAUAGUUAUAAACGACCAUGCCCUGUUCAUUCGAAAGCUUGAGACCAUUAAUAAAACCAGCACGGGACACAUUCGUUUAGCAGUCUCUAUUACAUUACCAUUCCAGUAUUCCAUUCAGGCUGUAAUGAAGGCAUCGCUGUGUAUCGGUAAGAAUCAAACAAUACCGCAGGAGAUUUUCACUUUGUGUGAAAAGUCUCUGAUGUCCGACGUGACAUCGAGUCGCCUUAAGUUGGCGUCGAUAUAUUUCUCUGCGUGCCGUUUUGAAGAGGCUGCUGCAAUUCUAAAGCAAGUAGACGCUCUCCUUUCUAACAAAAUAAUAAUAUGUCUUAGCCCUUUCAUUCUUAACAAAAAUCAUAAGUUCGGUUCAGAGAUGAUGGGACGCCGAAAAAAAGAGGUCAUAGACAUCUUGCAAAAAGAGGUUGCUCUGUGUACGAUUUUUAGCAGACACGAAAUUAUUUGUGUUCCUGGGCAGCUUGUCGCUGAGUUCUACAGAACGAUAACGGUGGAGGAUUCAGGUUUCCGGCUUCGCAGCGAUUUCUGGAUGGACCUUGCAGUGGUUGACUCAUUGUCAUACUUGUAUUAUCUACAGUAUUUAACAUUUCGAACUACUGGAUUACUCAGCGACAAAGACAGUGCCUUUACAAAUCCUUAUAGUAAAUAUCGUGAAUAUCAUACAGAAACCUCACUAAAUCUGAUAGGACAUUGUUGUGAGCUGGAAGGCCAUUUGUUAGAAGCUUGGGUUGUCUAUAAGAUGUCAGUGAACCUACGACCACAGAAUAACGCAGCUUACUGGCACAUGUUUAGUAUUAUUGGAGGGCUUAUUAUGGGGCUUUGAAUGUUAUCAUGGUGACAUUCUUUAACUCAGGAUGCACAUAUGCAUGACAGCGGGAGAACAUUUGAACAUAUAAAUUAUAUAUUAUAUAUUAUUAUUAUCAUUUUAUAUUUCGUGUUGUGGUGUUGUAUGUUAUGUCCUGUAUUGUGUUGACAAAUUGUUAAAAUCGUCUUAACAAAUAGUAUUUGAGGAGAUUGUUUAAUGUUUAUUAGGGAGUUCCUCUGUGUGAAGUCUAUUCAUUGUCAAUAUUUAGUUUGACUCACGAUUGCAGCGUGUAUUCAGUUGAACCUAUUCCUGUUCAUGCUGUCGUAUUUCAAUCUUCAUAAGUUGUAAGCGGAAAAGUUAAUACUGUUUAAUUACGUAGAACUUGUUUACGACCAUUCUUAUGAAUAUUUAUUUACAUUUUUCUGUACAGUGCUUAAUUUUUAGAUAAACCAUUGUGAUUUGUGUAAGAUAUAUCAGGCCUAAGGGUCCUACCAAUAUUAUAUAACAGGUCAGGCGGGUCGAGAUUCUCUGUUAAGAAAAAGAUUUGUAUAGAUUCGUUGUAUUUCAAUCUUCAGAAGUUGUUAGAUUAAGAGCGCAUACAUUUUUUUCCGUGCAAAAUUUUAUUCACUGCGUAUAAUAUUACAUACAAACGUAGAAUAGUGUAUACAAUUAUAUAAAGUAUUAUGAAUUUCAUAAAGGAAAAUAUUUUAUGUACAGCUAUUUGAUGUGAACAUAAUAUAAUACAUAAAAUUGUAGUACAUACAACAUACAUUCAUAUACAAUUAUAAUCGUGUUAUAGUUAAAGUAUUUUACAACAACACAAAAACGCUAGUUUGAGCAAUACAAACUAAAUUAAUGUUGAAUGUAAGUAUGUAUACCAUUUAACAUAAAAUAUUGCACAUUAGAAAAUUAUAUAGUAAGUGCAAAACUGCAUUGUAUAAGAAAACUGAUAAUGCAGAGUUUACAACAACAUCAACAAAUAACUAUGUUAUAAGCAUACUUUAUAUUCUUUGUUAUGAUUAGUUAUGUCAUUAUAUAAGAUGGCAGUAAAUAUGUUAACAAGGGGCCAUAUUUUUGAUUCUCCUCCUGAUUUAAUUUUAUUGUAAAAAGUUUGUUUUACAAGUCCGUAUUUUGAAGAGAUUCUGUUUUGUCUUUGGUAAUAAAAGAUAUACCGUUUAAGCUCUAGGCAUACUAUAUAUAAAUCGUUCAUUUUUGGAUUAAUAAUUCCAAAAACAAGAUCCUGACAUGUAAUGUGAUUAUGUAUGCUUGGUCUAGUUCUACGAACAAUAUCAACAACAAAUUUUAUAAUUUCUUGGGUAUAUGAACAGUACCAGAACAAGUUCAUUAUAUUUUCAACUUCCAAAUUACAGAAUGUACAUAGAUUAUUUGCAACAAUUUUCAUUUUGAACAUAAGGGAUUUUGUUCCCAAUCUUCUGUGGACUAUUCUGCAAUGGAGCCAGUGCAAAGCUCAUACCUAUUUAAUUACGUAGAACUUGUUUACGACCAUCCUUAUGACUAUUUAUUUAUAUGUUUUUCAACAGUGCUAAACUGUUAUAUCAUUGAUUGUGAUUUUAUGGAUUAAUAAGGCUUGUGGGUCUUACCAAUAUUGUACAACAGGUAAGGAGGGUCGAGACUCCCUGUUAAUACUUUACCACUUAGAAACGUAUUUUGACGCAUUUGUAGUCCUUUAGAAAGUUAAAGUUAAUUAAAGACCUUUCUUACUAGAUUAAAGUUUUAAAUGCUUUAUUUCCGACCCUUAGAUAUGAGCAGCAAACAGCAGAAAACCUGAACAGACUGCGAGUUCUGGUUUUAUCCUGUUUUCACAAAUCCAUUUUUACUUUGCUUCUGAGUGGGAAAAGGUUCAACAAAAAUGUUUCAAUAAGUAUCUAUUUAGCUUCGUCAACUUUUAAAAAGGUUUAAUUAUACAGACGUUGCGCAAGUUUCUAAAAAUUGCCAUAGAGACACUUUUAUUGGUGUGAUCAGAACUUAAAGGUUUUAGAACUGUAAAACGGCAUGUAUGUUGUUUUUUCUUUGCACAUUUCCGAUUACCAUGGUAUUCUGACUCGAUAAUAAAAAAAAAAGGUGUAAAACAAUUAUUCAACGACAUUCCGAAUUGCUUCAAACGUUUUCUCCAUCUUUUUUCAUAACCAUUUAAGAGCGAAACUCAGUCGUAUGUUCCUUAUAAUUGAUACAGCAAGAUUUAUUUUGUAUAUAUUUCUUCAUAACUCGUUUAAUAUGCGUUAAUGAUAGUAAAUAACAUUUAAAAGUGGGAUAAAGAUAAUAAAAGCACAUGCGUAUUCUUUUCUCAUCUUAGAUAACCCGAAAAUAGUAGUACAAAGUCAUAAGUUAUUUAAUAAGAAAGUUAACAAUUAGUCAGAAAUAAAAUACAAACUUUUGGCAUAUAAAUAGUUUAUGAUAUAUCGCUUAUACGAAAUAGGAAUAUAUACUAGUAUCACAGCACGUUUUCAUUUAAGUUCCAGUUUAGCUUUCUAGGCUGCCCACAUUCACACGAAUAAUUAUUCCAUAACCAUGAUGCAUUUGGGGACUGAAGAUGUUGCAUAAACUGAUGAAACAUAUAGUUUUAUUCAUUGAACUAUCAUACACUGCUUACAACUAGGAGGAGCAUGUCGUACAUCAUUUGUAAACCAAUAACCAUCCAUUUACUUUUAUUUAUAUUACCUUUGAAUUACAAUGCUAUUAUCUCAAUAUUUAUUUAUUCAAAAUUUAUUGUAUAUGUUUUUUUAUAUAAAUAAAAGGUUAAGUGUGCUUAUCUGUUCUCUGUUCAACCCAAUUUUAAAUGUUACUUAAUUAUUUUAUGUUGGCGCCGCUUACGUUCAAGUUAUAUCGUUUACAGCAAUACUUGUAAUUGUAUUGUUUCUUUGUUCAUUCCGUUUUAAAUUUCUAUUAAUUAUAUAAGAACAAUGUGUUUUAAUCUCUCGCAUCGACGUGAAAAGAGUAGAAUUUAAAAAGUGAAUUCACACCAGUCCUUCGUCAAUUAUUCUGUAUUUUUUUAUUAGAAGGAUAGUGUAUGUACCUAAUUAUGAUCAUCAAAUGUUGAUUAUUAAUUUUGCCCGAAGCAUUAAAGUUUGA